AUGGCGGGCCACGACGACCACUCGGACGAGUUGGGCGGUGUUCGAAGGAGACACUCUGCCCAGUACGACCACGACGACGUUGACACAACCCACACUCGUCACGAUGCCCACUCGAGCGACCGCCCACAGUCCAGUCCUUCGACGUCUGGUACCGACAUUUCUACUCAUACCGUCCGCGAGUCUAGCGAACACUCGUCCCGACAAUUCUCGUCCCAAAAUGUCGCCCAUGUCACCACAGACACGAUCGCGAGGCUACUCGCUCCGCAGUUCGCUAUUCCAACGCAACAUGCACGAUCGUUCUGGGAAGCCCCUAACUCACCUUCCUCUAUCAUCGAGAUGGCUCCAAUCGGUCCAUCUAGCCAGCAGGGAUCCUCUCAGACCCCAACCACACUUCAUUCGAGCAAGAAGAGCAUGGAUACUGUAGUCGAGGUCGCUCGAGUGAACGAUGACGAUCGUGAUCUGGAAGAACAAGAUACCAAGCUUGCUGCUUUACGCCAGCGUCAGGGUGUCCAAGGCAUAGGAGCCUUGCCGCACUACCAGUCCUGGAUACAACAGCAUACUGCUCGCAACCAUACUUGGCGAUCGAUCAAGGCUGGAUGCUACAAAGCUAGGAAGUCUGUCUUGCGCAUCCAGGAGAUCCCACCGACGAAAGACGGCAGACACAUCGACCUGGACGCUUCUCGAAAGACUACUCUACUCGACGAACGGACUGGCAAAGCAUACAUCACAAACUACAUUCGUUCCAGCCGAUACACGGCCUGGAACUUUGAAGGCUAUGACGAUCUACGCCGUUACCGCCUAGACAAGACAGAGAACAACCGCGAAGCGUCGGUACUUCACGCAUAUCAACCAGUAUCAACAUCUGAAUCUCAAGUCGAAGAGGGCAAUGCUCAAACUGGAGGCCCGAUCCACUGGGCGAAGACGAGAUGGCAGAACCUCCAGGUCGGCGACAUUGUCAAGCUCGAAAGAGACGAAUCCAUUCCGGCUGAUUUGGUCCUGUUGAGCUCGAAAGGCGCCAAUGGCAUUGCAUACAUCGAAACAAUGGCCUUGGAUGGUGAAACCAACCUUAAGAGCAAACAAGCCCCAGUAAAUCUGGCCAAGCAUUGUAAUACGCCAGAAAAUAUCGCUAGUUGCAAUGCCCAUUUCGUUGUCGAGGAUCCCAAUAUCGAUCUUUACAAUUUCGAGGGCAAAGUGGCGCUGAAAGGCGAAACGGCACCCUUAAGCAACAACGAGAUUAUUUACCGAGGCAGCGUCUUGAGAAACACCCCAGAAGCUUAUGGAAUGGUCAUCUACAGCGGCGAGGAGUGCAAGAUUCGAAUGAACUCCAACAAAAAUCCCCGCAUCAAGGCCCCUGCUCUACAAGCUAUCGUCAACAAGGUCGUUAUUGUCAUUGUUAUCUUUGUCAUCCUCCUGGCAAUUUUCAAUACAGUGGCGUAUCAGGUUUGGCGUAGAGGUACGGAAGAAGACUCGUGGUACCUCAUCAACGCCAGAGUCGCAUUCUUCCCAAUUUUGACCAGUUUCAUCAUCAUGUUUAAUACGAUGAUCCCUCUCUCCCUCUACGUUUCCAUGGAAAUUGUCAAAGUCUGGCAAAUGAUUCUGCUUAACGACAUCGACAUGUACGAUGAAGCUACUGACACCCCCUUUGAGGCCCGAACAUCCACCAUUAACGAAGAGCUGGGCCAGGUUAGCUAUGUGUUCUCCGACAAGACCGGAACUUUGACGGACAACAUUAUGAAAUUCCGCAAACUCAGUGUUGCCGGUACGGCAUGGUUGCAUGACGCCGAUCUGCAGGACAAGCAAGACGAUUCCGAAAUGCUCAUUCAUAAGAAAAGAAGCCGCAAGAGUAAGGGCAAGAGGCCAAUUCGCAAGUCAACUACCUCUAUCAUGACAAACACGCCCAAAUUUGGCGGCGUAGAUGACCAAAUCGAGUUCAGCGAAUCUGGUCGCAAGUCAACUUCGCAGUGGACCUCGUCCGCAAGACCCGGAAAGGCUCAGCCUGAGCUCAGUACCAAGACAAUGAUCCGCUACAUACAGCGAAAACCAUUUACAUUGUUCGCCAAGAAAGCUCGGAUGCUUCUGUUGUCUAUGGCAUUGUGUCACACAUGUUUGCCCGAGACACAGGAGGAUGGAGAGAUAGGCUUUCAGGCAUCUUCCCCUGAUGAGCUGGCCCUUGUAAGAGCAGCACAGGAGCUUGGGUAUUUGGCCAUGAAUCGAGAAUCUACGCUGCUGACCAUCAAGACGUAUCCUAAUGGCACGAACCAAGAACCGGUUCUCGAACAGUACGAGAUCCUGGAUGUCAUAGAGUUUUCGAGCAAGCGAAAGCGAAUGUCCGUUACCGUUCGCUUUCCAGAUGGACGUGUUUGUGUCAUUUGCAAGGGUGCAGAUACCAUAGUCAUGCAACGUCUCAAGUUGGCAUCUCUUGCAAAUCAGAAGAUGGUGGAGAUUGAGAAGCGUACGAGUAUACGCAAGAGCCUGGAAGCACAGGAAGCUAUCCGUCGUAGGAGCGAACAGCACGAGCGUUCGAGCAUUACACGACCCAGCUUUUCAAGACCGAGCUUUUCGAUGUCAAUCGGCCGACCUAGCAUUGGCGGCCUUCCUCGGACCAGCAUGGGAACCGCUAAAUUGCAACCCAUCCGCGACGAGCUUAAUGUUUGGCUGAAGGAAAGAGAGAGCGAGGUUAACGUGUCGAACGAUGAGGAGACGAGUGUGCAUUACUCUCCACGACCAUCAACGCAUAUGCACAGCCGACAAUCGCUUGCUCCAUCCGAAGCUCGUAGCUCCAUGCAGUACGAUGACUUUGAUCAGGACGAGCUCGUCGAAGAAUCACUUGUCACAGAUGAGGCUACAGUACUUGAGCGCUGCUUCCAACACAUCAACGACUUUGCUACCGAGGGUCUUCGUACUCUAUUGUAUGGAUACCGAUUCCUUGAUGAGCAAGAGUACAUGGGUUGGAAGAAGGUAUACCACGAUGCCACAACAAGUCUCGUGAACCGCCAAGAGAUGAUCGAGGAUGCAGGCGAAAUUAUUGAGAGAGACCUUGAUCUCGGUGGUGCCACUGCCAUUGAAGACAAGCUCCAAAAGGGUGUACCGGAGGCUAUCGACAAGCUCAGACGUGCCAAUAUCAAGAUGUGGAUGUUGACAGGAGACAAGAGAGAGACUGCGAUCAACAUUGGUCACUCUUGUCGUCUUAUUAAGGACUACUCGGCCGUCACAAUUCUGGACCAUGAGACUGGGCAAGUCGAGCAGCUUAUCGCGGCUACUAUACUCGACAUUGACAACAACAAGGUGGCACACUCCGUUGUAGUCAUUGAUGGUCAGACAUUGACUCUGGUUGAGGAUGACGAGUACCUGCGCAAACUCUUCUAUGAGCUUGCGGUUCUUGCAGACUCGGUCAUCUGUUGCCGUGCAUCUCCUAGUCAAAAGGCAGGUCUUGUAUCGGCUGUGCGGCGAAGAGUCAAGAACAGUAUCACACUCGCCAUAGGAGAUGGUGCGAACGACAUUGCUAUGAUCCAAGAAGCGCACGUCGGCAUUGGUAUCACAGGAAAAGAAGGGCUGCAAGCAGCGCGUACCUCGGACUAUUCCAUUGCUCAAUUCCGCUUCCUUGUGAAGCUACUUCUGGUUCACGGACGCUGGAACUACAUUCGGAUCUGCAAGUACACUGUCGGCACAUUCUGGAAAGAGUUUCUGUUCUAUCUCACUCAGGCGCUCUAUCAACGCUGGACUGGCUAUACCGGUACCUCGCUGUACGAGUCUUGGUCGCUUAGUAUGUUCAACACUCUGUUUACCAGUCUUCCAGUCAUCUUCCUCGGCAUUUUCGAAAAGGACCUUUUGCCUCAGACGCUGAUUGCAGUGCCUGAACUGUACACAAAAGGCCAGCGUAACGGAGGCUUCAACUUCAAGGUCUUCCUCGCUUGGAUUUUCAUGGCAUCGAGCGAGGCGAUUGUGAUCUUCUUCAUCAUGUUUGGACUCUACGCUCAGGCCAGCUUUACCAAAGACCAAGGACUGUAUGCCAUCGGAUCUCUGACAUUUACUGCCUGCAUCAUUCUGAUCUCAAUGAAGUUGCAAGUCAUAGAGAAUCACAACAAGUCUAUCAUGGCCGUGAUAGCUUGCGUAUUGUCUGUAGGCGGAUGGUUCCUAUGGAUGAUCAUCCUCGGCUCAAUCUAUGCCGACAACUUCACCUACAACGUCAAAGACAGCUUCUUUGUCAGAUUCGGCGACAACAUACUCUGGUGGCUCACUUUGCUGCUCAUCAUCAUCGCAACCAUGUGGUUCGAAUUUGGCGUCAAGAGCUUCAAAGCAGCAUACUUUGCCACCGAUGUCGAUCUCUUCCAACUCUACGAGCGCGACCUGGAUAUCCGAAAGAGAUUUGAAGAAGCGGCUGCAAUGGAGUUGCAAGCGGGCUGGCAUCAUGGCACCAAGAAGUCGAGUUUCGAGCAGCAGCGCGAGGAGGAAGCGCAGGUGAUACGCGAAAAUGAGAUUCAGGAUUUGCUGGAUAGGCCAAGGGUUAUGGAGGAAGGAGGUGCGAAGGGUGGUGUUGUGUUGGAAGAGCAGAAGGUGUUUGUUAACGAUGGGCCUAAAAGGGCUUCAACCGACAUUCAAGAGAUGCUGUCGAGGAGGUUUGGCUCGGUGCAGCAAGGAGGUAUCGAUGUGGAUAAGAAGUGA